AUGGACGUCGUCUUAUCCCGCCUUGGCACUCAGCUGCUCACGCCCAGUACAGACGAGCUGCUGUUUCGGGAACCUCCCACCUUUCUAAGUCGCCUCGGCAUCGAUCCCUCUGAGACUGAAUGGAUAGGCCGCGUCUCCGAGUUUGCUCGGUCUGGUAUUCUUCAGGGUGCGAUUCUCGCCACUUCGGCGGCUUGGCUGACUUUUCGUCUUAUCCGGCAUCGCAAGAACUCCGUGCCAACCACUAGGUCCAAGGCAUCAUCGAUUAAAUGGCCCUACGAAAUUGUGUCGCAAGCCGCCCGCAUCGCUUCGCUGGUCUUUUUGACAGUGGCCCUGAUCAAGGGGAGAGUGCAUCUGCUUAAUGUUGUUGCCAUUGCCUACGCUUUUGUCCUCGGCUUGAUACGACCCAUUAGCCAUGAUCUCGCCUGGCGUCAUCUCGUUCUUCAUCAAAUCAACUAUGUCCUGACUGCCACGUUUUUCGUUCUAGCAGCCGCACAGCUGCUGCCUUGUAUUGAGAUUGGCACGGAUCAAUGUGUUGGGGAUGCUGGCAUCGUUGGCUGCCUGUCGUCGUUGGGUGCGGCCGUUAUUGUCGCAUUGAUUACUCCACGAGAAUGGGUCCCGCCUACCAUCAAGCAUGAUAUUCCUGGCUACACGGAUCAAAGUGAUCCUGCUCCUGAAGAGACAUGCAGUUGGUUCAACUAUUAUUUCACCUAUGAGUGGCUGACACCUCUCGUAUGGAAGGGCACAAGACAAAAGCUUGACAUGUCUGGUAUCCCAACAUUAGCCUGGUACGAUGAGCCCAUGUAUUUACUCCAGAAGAUCAAGAAGGCCCGAGCGCUCUACAAAAAGACUCUGUGGACGGCCCUGAAAUUCCAGCGUAAGGAGUUGUUACUGAUGGCUACGUGGGCUGCUGCCGCUUUUACAAUGGAGAACGUCUCCCCGUAUGGCAUGUAUCGUCUACUCGACUAUCUCGCUAACCCCAGUGGUGCCCAAUACCACCCAGUUGUAUGGCUUAUUCUCAUAUUGAUCGUUCGAGUCAAAUCUGCCAUGACUCAGGAGCUAUAUCACAGGGCUUUGGAGUCAAUGGAGUUGGAGGAAGACCCCUUCGAUAUCAAGGCAGGAGGAAAGACCGAUAAGGAGAAAGAGGCGCAGGGAGCCCAAAAAUCGACGUCUGCUGGACGUUUGGCAAAUUUGAUGGCCGCUGACGUGGAUGCUGUCUAUCGAGCACGAGAUGUAAUAUUGGUUUCUGCGGGCGUCCCUGCAGGUACCAUCAUAUCUCUCUACGGCCUUUACAAAAUGAUGGGCUGGGUAUCUCUGGUGGGAACGGCGAUUUUGCUUUUGGCUACUCCGAUAUCCGUGUACAUGGGCCGGCAGAUGUAUGGCGCACAGAGACGAGUGAGGAAGGCACAAGAUACACGUAUUUCUCUUGUUGCGGAGUAUCUAGCUUCCAUCCGCGCCAUCAAGUACUUUGCCUGGGAGGAUCCCAUCACAAAUCGAAUCAUCGAGUCCAGGGCGGCCGAACAAAAGGAAUUGUGGCGAGUGGCUGUUCUGCAAACCAUGGUCAACCAAGUUACACAGUGUUUUCCGUACAUCGGCCUCCUCGUCAUGUUCGGAUUGCACGUCGGGGUAGAAAAGCACCCCCUUGACGCUUCUACUGCCUUUACCGCCGCCUUCCUCGUGAAGAACAUCCGUAGGAACAUCAUGAUGGCCAGUGCGUUCUCAAGGAACUUUGCUGCUGCAAGCGUCGCCUUCAACCGGCUCGACAAGUAUUUCGAUAGUACUGUGCCCCUCCUUCGAUAUCCCGUUGGGCCCCUGAGAAUUGAAGGCGCUUCGUUCCGUCGAAAUAAAAAGGCUACAUUCCGCCUCGAGGACAUCUCGCUAGACUUUGUCGAAGGUGGUCUCAAUGUUGUUACUGGUCAAAGUGGAAGCGGGAAGAGUACGCUGCUGCUCGCAAUCCUAGGCGAAACUCAUCUAGAGGGUGGCAAGGUCACCGCGCCCAACGAUAUUGCCUUUGCUUCGCAAUCGGCUUGGCUCCAGAAUGAUACCGUUCAAGCCAAUAUCCUCUUCCAAAGCCCCAUGGACCGCGCUCGAUAUGUUAGAGUAAUUGAAGCUUGCUGUCUCAAUAUAGACCUCAGGGAGCUCUCUGACGGUGACCAGACUGUCGUAGGUGAGAAUGGUACAUCUUUAUCUGGAGGACAGAAAGCUAGAGUGGCCUUGGCUAGAGCCCUUUAUUCCAAGGCGUCUCUGUUGCUUCUAGAUGAUAUUUUCUCCGCUCUCGACGCCAAAACCUCUGCUGGUGUUUGGAAACACUGUUUCUGUGGCGAUCUACUCAAGGGCAGGACUGUUGUUCUCGUCACUCAGGUUCCUUGGAUCUCAGCACAGGCAGACUUUUCCGUCCUCCUCGAGAGAGGUCAAGUCAAGAAUGCCGAGGCCAACAUUGGUGCAGUUCGCAGGCCCAUCCAGAUUGCCGAAAUCCUUGGAGGAGAUGACGAUGAUAUUGAAACCGAAACCGAAACCGGCACAGAAACUCCUCCGGAGCCUGAGCUUCAAUCUAGUGGAGAUGCCCUGAAUGAUCCGUCAAAGGUGGCCACUGAAACCUCGGCCAAAGAUAUUGUGAACCAGGAAAUGAAGGCAUCAGGGAAGGUCGGUCGAUUGGCCUCCUUGGAGUAUAUGAGAUACUUUGGACACCCACUCUUCGCCGUCUUUUGCUUGGUUGGCCUCGCCGGCUCCAACGUCUUCUUCUUCGCAUCCAGUUAUUGGAUGGGCAUUUGGGUAGAGGCCUACAAUAACAACGCUCAUGUGGACAUUGCCUAUUACAUGGGUAUUUAUGCCGCCUUCACCUUUGCCGAGCUAAUCUCCUUUGGUUUGGUCAUUAUCGCUUUCGAAUGGGGUGCAUGGCGUGCUGGUCGCAAGCUUCACAAUGACUUCAUCCGUGCGGUCAUGAGAGUCCCCUUAUCAUGGUUUAAGACGAUCCCCAUCGGUCGCAUCACUAAUCGGUUCUCUGGCGAUAUGGCGUCGAUUGAUUCAGGACUCAGCUCUAUGCUCCGGGUGACCUUUGACUCCAUCAUGAUGCUGUUUGCCCGCAUUGCCGCCGUCAGUUCAAUCAUGCCGAUUUUUAUGAUACCCGCCUUCUUCACCUGCAUUUUUGGCGUUGUGGUUGGUGAGAUGUACACACGAACAGCCGUCAUCAUCAAGCGACUUGCUUCGUCCGCACAGUCGCCCGUCUUCUCCCAGUUUGCCGAUACAUUGGCUGGGCUGCCCAUCAUCAGGGCUAGGGCGGGCAUGGGUGAAACUUUUGGCCGCGAUCUGGCAUCCAAGCUGCGCGUUUGGUCGGCCGCAGCAGAGGCAAACUAUAACUGCAACCGUUGGGUGGCCAUGCGAGUGGAUUUUGUGACUUCCCUGGUCGCUCUAUUUGCCGGCAUUAUUGCGCUCUCCAAGGUUGGAGUAGUUGGCGCUGGUCUGGUCGGUUUCUCCCUUAACAAUGCCAACGGACUGAGCCAGACUAUUCUCAUGCUCGUACGAGCCAUGAACGACCUUGAGGUAGAGAUGCAGAGCUUCCAUCGUGUCAAAGAAUAUGUCAAACUGGAGCCUGAAGACGAUGAAAGUCACGUCAUUCCCAAGAAUUGGCCCAAGUCAGGAGAAAUCGAGUUUCGCAACGUCACCAUUAGAUACGAUCCUGAUGGCCCCAACAUCCUCACGGACGUCAAUCUCAAGUUUAAAGCUGGAGAGCGAGUUGCUGUCGUCGGACGAACCGGCUCCGGCAAGAGCACUCUUGUUCUUUCUCUCUUGCGGUUUACGCAUAUUGUCUCUGGUCAAAUCUUAUACGAUGGAAUCGACAUUACCAAAAUUCCCCGGCGCAGGUUACGUGAAGGCCUCACAAUCAUCCCUCAGGAAGCGACACUGUUUAACGGAACUGUGGAAUCUAAUCUUGAUCCUACCGGUCUCGUUCCCAAGGCUAUUCUCGAGAAGGCGUUGGAAAACUGCAAGGAUGACUCGGUUCACGGACAGUCCCAAGGAAUUUCUUUGACGACCCCAGUGGAUGCCCGCGGAGAGAACUUUUCGCACGGCCAACGCCAGGUCUUGUCUCUCUGCCGUGCGCUUAUCCGCCAGAGCAAGCUGAUGCUGCUAGACGAGGCUACCGCCAGCAUGGACUACGAAACAGACAAGGGCAUUCAGCAAGUGUUACGCACUGAACUUGAAUCUGCGGGCGGAGACCGCACACUCGUGACAAUUGCUCAUCGCUUGCGGACCAUCAUCGACUAUGACUCCGUGGUCGUGAUGGGCGCCGGCAAGGUAGUAGAAUACGGUUCUCCCCGAGACUUGUACAAUUCCAAGGGCUUGUUUUACGACAUGAUAUACCACAGUGGAGAGAUGGAGGAGCUACAGGAGUUUUUGAGGGAUAAAUAA